AUGGAACUCAAAUGGAUGAACGUGACAGUCGACGUAAAGAACAAGAACGAGCGGAGAAAAGAGAGAAGAGCACGAUUAGUUAACAAUGCGUGUGGUUGUGCCGCGCAGGGCCUGACAGCUGUUAUGGGACCGAGCGGAUGUGGGAAGACAACGUUUAUCACGACAUUGGCAGGACGAAUAUCAACCGGAACUAAAACAACCGGUUGCGUGCUCUACAAUGGACAGGAACGCGAAUUAAAAAAUUGGAUGGGCAGUAUGGGAUUCGUUGACCAGGAUGACAGUUUCUUUGAGAAGUUGACCGCCUACGAGACGGUGUAUUACGCAGCACAGUUCAGGCUGAAAGAAAAGAACGUGGAUAUAAGGAGUAGGAUCAUGCAGCUGUUUCGGAAACUGCGUAUCUGUGAUAUCAUGGACUGCAGAGUGCGGGUUCUUUCAGGCGGUGAGAGAAAAAGGGUGAUGAUAGCUGUUGAGCUUAUCACAGAUCCGCAGGUCAUAUUCCUGGACGAGCCCACCAGUGGGCUGGACAACGAUGUGGCGUUCAGCAUUGUAACACUGCUUAAAGAGUUGGCCAACGAGGGAAAGCUUAUAUUUAUGAGCAUACACCAGCCGGAUGAUCGUUUGGCUUUGCUCUUUGACAAAAUCAUUUUGAUGUCACGUGGCGAGAUCGUAACAGCAGGUACGAUGCAGGAGUGCAAUGAAUGUCUGCUGCAGCAGGGAUAUGCUCGAAAAGAAAAUACCACCUUCUCUUCGUUCGCAAUGGAGGUGCUUGGCAAUGCAUCGUGUGGGUACAAUGAGAGUAGCAUUGAUAACAAAUUGACCAGGUUGGCAGGUUCAUAUCGCAAGCAGUUCAACUGCGAGGGCAAGUACCAGAAUGUUAGAACGGGAAACGAUUUCUAUGUAGAUCUGAGUCCAAGCCUGAUGGAGAUCGGACUCCUGAUUCACAGGAAGUUUAACCUGGAUUUGUUCAGGAAGAAAACGCUUCUACUCUACGUCGUAACACUUGUGCUUAUGGCAAGCCUAUUUUACUUCGGAGGAGUAGAAACCGUAGUUAAUCAUAUGAUUUCAGAGCAAAAUACUUCUGAAUCAGUUGAUAAAUCGUUUGUGGUGGAAACAUUCAAAUGGUUUUGUGUGAAGAUCGCGCUAAGCCUAGGUUUCUUGCUUUGUAUAAUUCCAGCCGCUGUGUCUAACACAGUUUUUAGCAGCGAGAGGAGAGUAAUACAGAGGGAGAUAAACGUGCAAUCGUAUACGGUUACUUCGUACUACCUCUCAGUCCUGAUAUUUGAAUUGUGUUACAACUUUCCGCUGAUCCUGUGCUAUCUAACCGUUAUGUUGUUAAGAUUCUGUCCAAAGCCAAUGCUUGGUCUAUGCAUCAUCUGCCAAAUAUUGGAAUACUGGUUUGUUAUGUGCCUCGGUCUAAUGCUAAUAUCCGUGUUUCAUGGAGAAAAGAAAUCGCUCAUGUGCUCUGUUCUUGGUUUAAUUGUUCAUUUCUUAGCGGGUUUGUUCUCCUCUACUCUUUUGGUUGCGGAUAAGCAAGCUGGAGAUACUAAACCGUCCAAAAUGACCAUUGCUCUGUCCAUGCAUCCAAGCGCCAUAUUUAGGAGUUUCAUGAGAAUGAUGAUAGAUUCAAUUACCAACGCAAAUUUGAGGAAAAAACUACCACAAAACGCUUUUACGAUGAUUGGCAGGAAUUUUGAUCAAUUGCGUUAUUUUAAGUGUGCGAAUUUGAUUUAUUUAUCGAAACAUAUCUGUUUAGCGAUCGGUAUUAUAUCAAGCUUAGUGUUUGUGUUUCUCGGUAUUGUUUUCCAGUUGAGAUUGCUAUCACCGAAGAUAAGGAUGAAGUUGUGCCGAUCGAAUUAAACUUUAAUUUAAGUAUGAGUG